AUGUCUGGUUGUUUUAAUUGUGGAGAGAGUGGACAUUUCGCUCGCGAAUGCCCAAAGGGACCGUCUGAACGUCCCAGCUUUGGUCGUGGCGGUGGUGGCCGCGGAGGUUUCUCUAGAGGUCGUGGACGUGGUGGUUAUGGUGGCAAUCGUGAGUCUACUUGCUAUAAUUGUGGUGAGUCUGGUCAUUUCGCCCGUGAGUGCACUGCGCCAAGAAACCAGAGCGGCGGUGGUGGUCGUGAUGUCCAGUGUUAUAAUUGUCAAGGAUAUGGUCACAUUUCCCGCAACUGCCCUGAACAAGCCACUCAGUAA